CGGGGUGCAAUAUUCUGUUCUAAGGACGGCUGCCGCACCACCGCUGUAUUUAGCCCUGCCGUAGCCCCCGUCACUUGACGGUUUCAGCACUUGACUACAGUUCCAAGUCUUUUCCCACAUAGACCUACAUAAUUUCCUGACGAGGCGUAUCUCACCGAGCGAGGAGAUGAGACCGCUAUUCUGCACAGAGGGAGGGAGAGCUCUCCUACUCUGUCCUACUGCGCAUUUCGGAAUGAUCUCGGUCUAUUUGUUCUCUGGCAAAGCAAGAGGGGCUGGGAAACUCAUUCGCUCUCCGUCGUUGGUAAUUGUUUUUUUCUCCUAACUGGUUGAAAUCCGUCGUGAGUUCCUCCUUACAAGAAGAAGUAGGCUGAGAUUCCUACGGCGCUGAAUGAGAGAGAGAGAGAGAGAGAGAGAGAGAAAGAGCGAGCGAGCGAGAGAGAGAGAGAGAGAGAGAGAGAGAGAGACAGACAGAGAGAGAGGGAGAGAGAGAGAGAGAGAGAGAGAGAGAGAGAGUCCAGUCCUUUAUAGUGUAGAAGUGGGAGCAGCUACCAAUAUGAGCACACCGCUCGGAGGGUGAGGACCAUCAGUAACAGCAUCAGCAGCAUCAGCAGCAUCAGCAUCAGUCCCCGGGAUGGAUUGUGUUCUGUGCAGCACUUUGUGUGCGCGGAGACGGAGGCCGUGAAGGCAGAUAGAUAACAAUGAGGAUAGCAAAUUAAACUCCAAUACUCGCGCUUGUGAUUCAAGCCGUUAUUUCAAUCUACAAGGAAAGUUGAUUUUGGACACUUUUAUGAUUCCGCGUCGGAUUGCUACCGCCGGGCACUUCAACAGGGCAUCAGCCGUGCGCGUCUCCGAGACACAUUUAUGACUAUUCUAAGUGGCAGCUAUUAGACCUGACUGAUGACACUCUGCUAUCCGGAUUUCGUUUCCCUGUUGCGCCCGAACCCCAACCAAACCUCAUAUUCUGAUUCGGCAGAGUAUGCCUUUGGAGGAUAAGCUUGGCAACAAGGGCUUAUCGUUCACUCCGAUGGGGAUAGAGGAUAACAACACGAGGAACGGCCUGUCGGAUCAAUGGGCCGAUAGCAUGGUGGUUCGGCCCCGGACCACGGAGCGGAGCAUCACCGUCCACAAGAAACUGGUCCUGGGGUUUGCCAUCUCCAUCCUCACGCUCAUCGUCGUCACGGCCAUCGCGGUUCUCCUCAGCGUCCGGUUCGAGGAGUGCGCCGGGGAGAGCACCUCACGAGCGGGCAACGGCUCUAACGCCAAGUUCAACGGGUCACGGGAUGGAAACGGGAACCACAAAGAUGAGGAAGCCCAGCCGUGGCGACACCUCCGGUUACCGACGUCUCUCCGGCCCCGGCACUACGACCUGCGUCUCUCAGUGUACAUGGAUAACUUUACUUUCUCCGGGGAAGUGAACAUUGAAUUCGAGUGUGUGAACUCUACCAAGUUCAUAGUGCUUCACACCGACCGCCUCGAGGUGGAGAAAGUGGCGGUUUACUCGGACAACAAAAAACCCGGCGUCAUGAGAAUCCACCGCCAGUUCCACUACCGAGCCAACCAGGUUUAUGUGAUCGCUUUACACAGGGAACUAAAGCCCACGAGGACGUAUAAAGUAAACAUUACUUUCGAGGCUCAAAUAGAAAGCGAACUCCUGGGAUUUUUCCGCAGCUCAUAUAUGCUGCAGGGAGAGAGAAGGUACAUGGCGGUGACACAGUUCUCCCCCACCCAUGCCAGAAAGGCCUUCCCGUGUUUCGACGAGCCCAUCUACAAGGCCACGUUCCGGGUCAUCCUGAGACACGAUGCGUCCUACCUCUCUCUCUCCAACAUGCCUGUAGAGGCCUCCAUCUCUGAUGAUGAUGGCUGGGUGACCAACCACUUCUCUAGGACCCCUCGUAUGUCCACCUACUACCUGGCCUGGGCAGUCUGUAACUUUACCUACAGAGAGGUAACCACUGACAGCGGAGUGGUGAUCCGGCUGUAUGCCAGGCCCAACGCCAUCCAGAGCGGAGCGGGGGACUACGCGCUCCACAUCACAAAGAGACUCCUCCAGUUCUAUGAGGAUUACUUCAAAGUCAAAUACUCCCUGCCCAAAUUAG